AUGGUAGAGGUUAGGCGGGUGAAUGAUAGGUUAAUGUCUAUUAAGUUGGUGGUUAGAGAGUGCACCCUAAAUGUUGUUUGUGCGUAUGCGUCGCAAGUAGGCUUGGAUGAGGAGCUCAAGAGGCGCUUCUGGGAGGGGUUGGAUGAGAUUUUGCAUAGUAUUCCGCCUGCUAAGAGGUUAUUUAUAGGAAGGGAUUUUAAUGGUCAUACUGGGUUGACUACAUGCGGCUAUGGCGAGGUGCAUGGUGGCUUUGGUUUUGAGGAUAGGAACGCAGGAGGAACUUUGCUGUUGGAUUUUGCAAGGACAUUUGAGUUGGUGAUGGCUAACUCUAGUUUUCCAAAGAGGGAGGAGCAUUUGGUUACUUUUUAG